AUGAAAUUUCUUAUUGUUAAUGGUUAUCAUGCAUCUCGGAACAACUUAAGAUUAAUUGAAUAAUUCAAAUAGUUAAUGUGGGAUGUAUUAGAAUAAUUAAUUAGAUUACACAAUAAUUAAAAGAAGUUGCGGAUAUUGAAUUUGAGUUCAUAAUUGUUGAUAGACAUUCAGUAUAAGAAUAUCUUUUUGAACCUGAAACAUCAUUUGUUAGACCAGAAUAUGGAUUAAAAUUUGAUGCACUCGAUAUGAUUUUUAUAGCUGCAUCACCAAAUGUUAGGCCAUGGCAUCAUAGAAUGAAAAGUGUAAUUAUAUAUAAAUAAAUAAGAUUAUAACACUUAUUCGAAUGUGUUUAAAAACAAAGAAAUUACUAUUUAUGACUUCAUUUGGUGCUUAAGCUCUUGCAUAUUUAUGUGCCUCAAAUAUUUAGAAUGUAUAAAAUUAUUAUUAAUUGUUUAGUAUAUAAAUAUUACUAAUGGAUAUGGUGAAGGAUGCAAGCUAGUAGAUUUUCCAAAAUAUACAAAUUAAGCAUUAAAGAAUGGGUCUGAUGAUUUUUUUUUAGAUUCAACUACUGGUGAUUUAUAUUUUUAUAGUAAAUAAACUGAUGAAUGGAUUCCUAAAUCUAAUGUUGGUAUUCAUCAUCGAAGAGAUGCUAUGGAAUAUUAAUCUAUUGGAAAAUUUGUAGUUAAAUCUCCUACUUAUAAACCAAAAUAAUAAAUGCUCAGUAAUUAAACAGAAAUGACCUGUAUUAUUAAAAAAUAGUUUUUAAAUUAUUGGUUGUUUAAAGAUGUAUCCAUGGAAUUCUCAAUUAAAUAAUCUAAUUCUUGGGAUAUACAUUCUAUUACAUUCAUUAAUCCAGAAAAAGUAUAUUAUUACAUAUUAUUAUAUAGAGAUUUUAAGUUUUAGCUGAAAACAAUGUUAGAGGACCUUUAAUUUUGUAAUGUGAAAAUAUUUUGGCUCUACUUUUUGAAAUUGAUAAUAAAUCUAAAGAUCAAAUUAAUAUAGUUUAAAAUUUUAUUGAAAAUGCAAUCAAAACUAUUAGAUAUUCUUCACAUUAUGUAUUUUUAUCCAAAUAUCUAGAAUUAAAUAAGUAUAACAUUUGAAAAAUAUUUUAAUACUUAAAGAGGUAUUAAAAACAUUGAAAUCAUAUUUGAUAAAGCUGUGAAAAAAUUAAAUCAAUUCGAUGAUUCUAUGAAACCUAAGGGUAUUGAAUAUAGAAAACUUAUCAAUACACAAAUCUAAGAAUAAGAAAAAGAAAAAGAGAGAAUGCAUGCUAUUUAAGCUGGACUUUUAAAUAGAAAACAAAAAUAACCAGAGUAAAUCUAUUUAAAUUAAUUUAGAGUUGUAUCUCAUAACAAUAUUAUUUAAAAAAAUUAUAAGGUGAAAAGAAGAAAAUCGUUUACUUAAAAAUAAAACUAACUAAUGAUACUUUCUCAACAAGUUCAAAAUCAUGAAUUUCUUUAGUAAAACCCAAAUCUUGAUAACUUUUUUUAUGAUUAAUAAUUCAAAAGUAGUAGACAUAUUAAAAUGAAUACAGAACCAAAACUACACCCUAGAAUUAAGUAAGAUGAAGAUUUCGAGAAUGAUUAAAAAAAUCAAAACCAUCAAUUUAAUCAAAUAUAAGUUAGAAAAAUAUUACAUCCAUCUUUAGAAGAAUAAUUCUUAGGAUAAAGAAAGAUUUGGAUUCCUGGGUUUUUGAAUUAUAAAUUUUCAGAUGUUUAAAUAGGUCUUAAUUCAGCAAGAAAAGUUAGUAGACCUCUGACUGAUCGUUUUUGA